AUGUAUGUGACAAGGCCUCUGUCUAUGUGUAAAAGGUCUCCUGAAUCACUGUCAGCACCAACCCCGGAAGGGGCAAAUUCCGGUUAUCUAGUGCUCCAUGAUGAAGAAUCGGAUGAGACUAUGUGUUUCGGAUGUUGCGAAGAUACUCAAGUGAAAGAUUUGCCUUUCCCUCAGAAUAAGGAUCUCUCAGUUGGAUAUUCCUCAGAUAAUGAUGAUGUUGCCUUCAUCCCAGUUCUUGAUAAGCCCUUAUCUGCCAAUACAUACCAUGUGGUGCGCAGGAAUGGGAGACACAGAGGGAAAGUGUGUACAAAUUCAAAGCAAGAGAACAUGGAAGAGAUUGGCUGGUUUGGCAGAACUUUUGGCAGAACUGUCAUAGAUGUAGAACCAAAGCCAUUCGAUCCAUCAGACAUAUAUCAACAAAUUGAGAUAAUUCCAAAGCACACAAGUCACUUUACUGCCAAGGCCGUUGCUUCAGAUGGCAUUCCUCCAUAUUUUUUGAGGAGAAAAGCAGGUUGGCUAGUCACCAUGGCCAGAUCCCAUUUUUACCAACUAGGUGAAGCUCGAGGACUCAACGGUUCAAAGCGAUCAAGCCUUCCUGGUUUUGACUUUUCGUUUGACAAAUUUUUUUCUGAGGCUAUGGUAGUUGGGAAGUGGCACUGUCCUUUCUUGUUUAUCAAGGAAGGGGGACUGAAAUUGAAGCACCAGAUGAAGCAAUGCAUGUUCUAUGAAAUGAGACUGGAGCAAAGAUGGGAGAGAAUUUUCGACAAAUAUUAUGAGGGAAAUAGCAACAAUGCUAAUGCCGUGUUUGUGGAUGCAUUUGUCCAAAGAGAGGUUGUUUGUGUUGCCGGAAGUGAAGCUGAUUCUCAUAAUUAUCAUGAGGGUUUCAUGUGGUUUAAGAGCUCUGGUGAUGUGGGAGGAGAGAGGAGUGUAGGGCUGAGCGUGAAAAUUGUUGAGAGGGUGAAAUGGGAGCAAGAAAGAGUUGGAUAG